AUGUGCUCUACUAUAGCUAGAUCAGGAACAGCCAGUGACGAGAUUGCCGAGAUGUCCGAAACAAGCGCAGACCACUACCAAGAACUCCAUGGCUUUAGCAACGUCUUCUUGCUCGGAUCGAGCCAAGAGAAGUCCGGCCUGGUUGCUCCUCAUCGAGCUACGCAUGACCGUCGGGACGUGUGCUGGGUAGUAGGGCCAGCUCUGCUCCGUGCCGACGGCAUCACAACUCGGCGCGACCAGGAGGUGUUGUGCACGCACUGGUAUGAAUCUGCUGUUUAUGUUUUCAGCCGAGAUGUGGCUUGCUUGCGUACGCAGAUUCCCGCAGGCUUAUUUGCCGUAGACUCCCUUGCAAUAGGCGCGAUGAGCUCAGACACUUGCAAUGUGGCUUGGAAGCAGGAAGCUUCGUCGGCUACAAUGGACGAAGCUGGCCAAGCGUCGACCAUGACCGGCAACGUUGAGCGAGACGCUUGGGCCGCGUUGACCGGGCAUGGCGCGUGGCCGCUGGGACGGACCGGCGAAUCGACGCUGGGGCUACAGCGGGCUAGCAUGAUCCAAUCUAUCGGGCGGCAAAUCGUCCUCAAUGAAUACACCGAAGCGGCGACGAGGUCCCCGAUGCCGGCCACGAUGACGCUAGACGACGACGAUGUGGGCAAUUCGGAUUUGCCAGACCGGAUCUUACGCGGCAUCCACCCGCAACGCCGCAUUGCUGAAAAGCACGAGCUCUCGCGCGAAAGGCCAGGCAUGACUCCCUUUGUUGGUCAACGUGCAUUUUUCUUGGCCGCGAACCCUGACGAGAUCCCCGCACUCCGUCUGCGUCUCUACGCGUGCGCAGGCGGCUCAGCGGAGGACGGCGUGCCGAGCGUCGAAGAGCAGGCAUGGAGAAGUGCAUCACCAUCGUCGCCCUCAUCCUGCUUGUCUCCGGUCAGCUCGGCCGUCCCUGGCAUCGCCGUUGGCUGUUUAGAAUCGGAGCAAGGCCAGGUCCCUGCCCACACACUCUUCCCUCUCGACCUCUCGCUUAAGACCCGGAGCAUCACCAUCAUGGCUCCCACCGCCACCGGUGCUUCCAACCAUGUCUCGCAGGCCCUUGCUGAGCACCGUCUCUCGAUGGUCGGCGCCACUGGUGCCAAGGGCCUCAUCAAGAACGCUCGUACCUUUGCCAUCGCCGUCUUCGCCUCCAUGGGCGGUCUGAUCUACGGUUACAACCAGGGCAUGUUCGGUCAGAUCCUGAGCAUGCACUCCUUCCAGGAGGCAUCAGGCGUCAAGGGUAUCACCAACCCUACCCUCGGUGGCUUCAUCACUGCCAUUCUCGAGCUCGGUGCCUUCGUCGGCGUGCUCAUGAACGGUUACGUUUCGGACGCGUUCGGUCGACGAAAGUGCGUUCUCUUCGGUCUCGCAUGGUUCCUUCUCGGCUGCAUCAUCCAGGCUUCCACCACCGGCGGCUCUUACGACUUCAUCACCGCCGGCCGCGCCAUUGUGGGCGUGGGAAUCGGUUCACUCUCCAUGAUUGUGCCCCUUUACAAUGCGGAACUUGCUCCCCCCGAGAUCCGUGGUGCCCUCGUCGCCCUUCAGCAGCUUGCUAUCGUCGCAGGAGUGAUGAUUAGCUUCUGGUUCACCUAUGGCACCAACUUUAUCGGUGGCACCGGUGCAGGACAGAGCCGCGCUGCAUGGUUGAUCCCCGUCACCGUCCAGAUCCUCCCCGCCCUCAUCCUCGGUGUCGGUAUCUUCUGGCUUCCCGAGUCGCCACGUUGGCUCAUCGACGUUGGCCGCGAGCAGGAGUCGCUUGCCAUCAUCGCUAGCCUUCGUCGCCUUCCCGAGUCGGACCUCCUCGUCCAGAUGGAGUUCCUCGAGGUCAAGGCCCAGAAGCUCUUCGAGGACCGCGUCUCUGCGCACGACUACCCCGAUCUCCAGGACGGCUCCCGAUCUUCCAACUUCAAGCUCGGCCUUGCUGGUUACAAGUCGCUCUUCACCAACCCGGCCAACCUUCGAAGGACCCUCGUCGCCAUCUUGAUCAUGCUCUUCCAGCAGUGGACGGGCAUCAACUUCAUCCUCUACUACGCCCCCUUCAUCUUCAAGCAGAUCGGCCUCUCGGGCAACACCAUCUCGCUCCUUGCCUCUGGUGUUGUCGGUAUCGUCCUCUUCCUCGCCACCAUCCCUGCCGUCCUCUACAUCGACUCCUGGGGACGCAAGCCCACGCUGCUUGCCGGCGCUAUCAUCAUGGGUAUCUGUCAUCUGUCGGUUGCCAUCAUCAUCGCUCGCUGCGGUGGCGACUGGCCCGCGCACCGUGCUGCCGGUUGGGUUGCUUGCGCCUUCGUCUGGAUCUUUGCUGCUGGCUUCGGCUUCAGUUGGGGACCUUGCGGUUGGAUCAUCGUUGCCGAGGUCUUCCCUCUCGGUCUGCGUGCUAAGGGUGUCUCGAUCGGUGCGGCUUCCAACUGGCUCAACAACUUUGCCGUCGCCAUGUCGACGCCCGACUUCAUCACCGCUGCCCCUUACGGUGUCUUCAUCUUCCUCGGAGUCAUCUGCUUUGUCUCGGUGGCUUACGUCAAGUUCUUCGUGCCCGAGACCAAGCUUAAGACGCUCGAUGAGCUCGAUGCCGUCUUUGGCGACAACUCGGGCAGGUCCCAGUGGGAGGCCGGCAUCAUGCUCCAGGCCCAGCGCGACGUUGGUCUGCUCCGCCUCGCCGGCAUCGAGGAGCCCAAGGGUGUCCACGGAGACAACGUCUCGGAUGACGUCGACGAGAAGGGCUCCGACAUCCACUCUGAUGGUGAGGUCAAGAAGGAGGGCCACACCGUCGUCUCCACCGCCUAG